AGCAAACUAGUUCCUGGAUAACUUUCUAAAAAGGUUCAAAAGCUAAAGAAAAUGAAAUUAAUUUUUUGUGAAUUGUUCAUCGUGAUUGCUGUCAUUUCUGGCAUUCAUGGAGGUGGCGACUCAAUCUGCAAUUCCUACAUCGAGACAUUUGAAAAAUUUAGUCCACAACUUCAAGUUACAUUUCCACAAGCAAUUAAACAAUUGAAAACAUUGGAACCGAUUCCAGCCGUUAAUUUUUACAUCAACUAUCUUAUAUUAAAUGCUGACGAAUCAAUCACUUCCAUUGAAGUGGAAGCUUUAAUUAUGUUUAGAGAUUCAGGAGAUGAGGCAUCAACUUGCAUUGUUUCAUAUUUAAAAAGUCAAAAUUUGAUUUGAAUGGAAUCAAGGGUUUUUUUUUGAAUUUUUUCAGCUUACCAUCGGUUUUGCCGAUUUUUGGCACCCCCCAACCCCC